CGGGAUUACUAGUAUAAUCUAUCUGUUAUUUAUGUCUUGUUUAAUGGUAUUUUAAAUAAAAAGUUUCAUGAUUAAUUGCUCUCUUUUAUGAAAAUUCGCGAGAAGAGAUAUGCCUUCAAGCUCGAACGUUUUAAGCUUGUAUAAUCAUAAUGAUAAUGAUCGACGAUUAUCCUUAAGUAAUCCAACUUCAAAGUCUUCAACAGUAAGUCCGUUAACGAACACCAAAUCAACCGGUGCUCAAGUUGAAUCAUCUAGCCAUACAAUCUCUACAUCGUUGAAGGACGAAAACUUUCAAUGGAAUAGAUAUUGGCUAAAAUGGGGACGUUUUAGAAGAGUUUCACAGCAAUUAGAGAACGCAGAGUCAAAACCGGACUCGUCUGUAGGGACCGGUACUUGUAUAACUCAUUCCGGAAAUCUGUUGGCAGUGGGAACUUCUAAUGGCUGUGUUAUAUUUAAUAAUUUAAAAAGCAACACAUCUUUUACUCUUGUUCCUGAAUUUCCCGGUUCCGAAAAUCCUUUGAUGCCAGUAACAUGUCUUGCAAUCGCACCCACUCAUAAAGUUCUUUGUCAAGGACAUGCUGAUGGAACUCUAUUUGUAUGGGAUUUGACUCACUCCCCUCCUAUUCAACGCCAUGCUAUUUAUCAACCCAUCCAAGGAGAAACUGUUCUAACACAUUUGAUCUUCAAUGGAGUUUCUGAUAAUGUACUCUUAGCCGCGAAUUCUUCUGGAAAAAUUUUUAUUCAUGAAUUUUACAACCUUUUAAUUAAUAAACAUCAUUCGACCUGGGAAUAUUGCUUCCCAGAUGUUCAACCUACAUUUGUUGGUCGGUUGGUCAUCGACACCUCAAGCAUAUCCUUCGAAGAAUUAUCUUUAACUUCUGUAAAGCAUACGUCGUUCCUCUUUAUCCAGACUCUUUCUUGUCUUCGAAUUAUUUCCCUUCAUCCCAAAUUAUCGUUACUUUAUACACUCAGGUUUUCCGAUGAUGAGGUUGUAUCUGCUUGCCAUGCUGUUUCUUCAGUAGUUGUACCAACUUCUGGAAAUAAGUCUAGGGCUCGUGCCUUCUUUUGCGUUGCAUACAACUGUCACGUACGUGUAUAUGCGUUGACAUUUUAUCAAGGUGUUUUGUCGGUAGAGCUGCUAAGUAAAGCAAAUCUUGAUGCUCCCGUAUGGAAAACAUGGUAUCUUCCUAAUAGUAACAUUAUUUUCGUGUUGUUAAACGAUAAAAGAAUACUGUUUUUGAAUGGCAUCAAAUUGAAUGUCAUGGGUGUAUCUUCUAUGUUCGAAUAUAAACUACUUACUUGGGAUUGGUAUCAAUCAGCAUUAACAAUGAGAGGACUUUCUCAGACUGUAUUUCCUUAUAUUAGUUCGAGUUUUUCAAUAACUCCUAGGUACCUAUUUUUCCUGACUCCUGACUCGGUCAUUGUUGGUACAUUCGUUUCACCCAAUGAUCAACUGCAGGCUGCAUUUGAAAACAAUAAUAUAAAGGAUACGCUGAAGUUAGGGCUAUACUAUCAUGCAAACGAGAGUUUGUUUAACAAGUUCUACUACUCGCAUGAUAUAAACCAUAAGUUAAUGAGUUUGUUGAAAAAAUAUAUUUGCUCACUGAUGAAGAGUUUUCCUCCAUCUCGGUGUGUGGAAUCAUCUAGCGUUAACCCUCUUUCUACGCAAGAUGUAUCAGAAAAAUUGCUUCAAAGCGCUGAAGUUACAAAUCCUGGUUGUUACCAUGCAGUUCUUUAUUGUUUUAAAGUUGCCGACCUUUUACAAGAUAUGGAGUCUUUAUUAGAUUAUAUUCUUCCUCGCUUUGUCAAAGCAGAUGUCUAUUACGUUAUGAUGGAAGCACUACUGGAUUUAAUACUGCAGCAGAGAUUUAAAGUACCUUCUCCCGAAUUACAGAAAUUAUUGCUUUUAUAUUUGGAAGAAAAUGGAAGACUAGCUUAUGCUGAUAAAUUAAUACCUGCAAUUGAACAUAAAUAUUUGGAUCUUGAUUUUUCAACCAAAUUUUCAUCAUCUAAAGGACUAUUCAAUUCAUUGUGUUACGUUUCGAUUUAUGCAUUCAAUGAUUACUCCAUGCCUCUUGUUAAAUUCCUUAAUUUAUUAAUUGAAGAUAUCAACAGUCCGUCGAAAUGGAUCAAUUAUUGUGUGAAAAAUGGGUUUCAAUAUUUGUUAUACUCUCUCACUGGAUUCAAGUACCCCUUAUGCGAACCAAAUGGAACAGAUGAAGCGUAUACUGUCACACAUACCCUUCUAAAAAUAAUAUUCUCCGCCAACUUGCUACCUUUCAAAAUUAAUGUCCUUGAAUCAGGAUCAUUUCCUUAUCUACGUCUCUUUCUUAAGAAAAGGGCAAGAUCAUUUUUUGAAUGCCUAGAAAAUGCUUUUGAGUCCCCUUAUUUCUCUUUAGCCAGAGUAACCAUUGUUAAAAAAUCUGUUGAUACCGUAAGUCGUCAAUGGAUAAUUGAGUGUCUGUCUCAAAUACUCGAUACUACUGAUUUUCAGUGUGAUAGCUAUUAUAUUUUUCUUGCGAAUACGGUUUCUAAGUAUUCAAAACAAAUUUUACUCCCACAAUCAUUUUAUUCAAAAAUCAUGGAAGGUCUAUGUAGCAUUGAAAGCUACCAUAAAAGUAACGAAGAUACUCAAAAAGCUGUCGAAAAUCUGCUUUUGGUUUAUGAUCCUCCUAACAUUGAAUCUCUGCUGGAAUGUUUCUGGAACAAGCACUUUUACCAUGCUAUUAUGACUGUGGGUUUUAAUCAUGGCUUCUUUGAAUCUUAUUUUAGAGCAGUCUUCGCUUUGUGGAAUCAAAAAAAUUCGUCUCUUUUGAUUUUCAAGUCCUCUGAAGCGUUGAUCACUAUGCUAUUUGAUAAUUUGAGAAGUUUGACAUCCUUACCUGUUCGUUAUAACAAAUAUGUCAAAUGUUUGGUGGGUUUUACCUCGGAUUUACUAAAUAUCGAUAGUGUUACAUUUUUAAGACUGGCUUUAAGUCAUCUAGAGAAAUCUCUUCCUGAAAUGAUUGGAAGUAUAUCCUCUAAAUUUGCCAUAAUACAAGCAUUGGAAGUUCUGUAUAAACUAUCUACCUAUAAAAAUAUGCUUCAAUGGUUUGGCCAUCGGCGGUUGCUGUCUUACUUUGAAAUAAUUUCGGCUACUUCUGGAGAUUAUGCUUUACUAAAGCUACUGCAAACAUCGCCAGAUUUCAAAAAUUUGAGUGGACUGACAGAAGUUUUUUUACGCCAUAACUGUUUGGAGGCAAGUAUCUAUAUUUAUCGAGAAUUAGAGCAGUAUAAUCAUGCUUUAUCUCAAGUUUUAAAAUAUGUCAGAACAAGAGUGUUUCAUAUAUCAAUGGAUGAUGUGAAGAAGGUUGUGCCAGCGAAUCUGGAGCGUGUAACUUACUAUCUUCAAAAUGUUGUACCUCUAUAUCAAGCAUGCUUAAAUUGUCUUCCACCAGAAGAGGCUGCUAAUCUAUGGGUGCAGCUAGUGUUCAGUUUGAUAGAUGUUUAUGCAAAUUUAUCCCGCGGUAGUUUAAAGAGUGAAUCAGAUGUUUUGGAAACCUUUGAGAUUACAGUUCUAGACUGCAUUGAGGGUUUAUUGAAUUCUUUUCUUGAAUUUGUACAGUCGAACAAGACUUUGUUAGAUUCGGUGCUUACAAAAAUCUGCGCGAAGUCAGUUGAAAGUCGCGAAUGCAACACGUACAUGCGAGAUCUUCUGUUGAAGUUCAUGACUGAUGCUCACCUAAGCUGUGAUUUAUAUCGAGAGUGCUCUUUACUUUGGGACAGAAAACAAUUUUACGAUAUGAGAAGCUCUUUAAGUGAAAGAACAAUGGGAGUGGUAAUUGAUGAAACGGACAAAACCAAGGAGAUGGUUUCAAAGAAACUGAGGAUGAAGGUACUUCUCUCUGGGCAGAUAUUACCGACUAAUAAUGAAUAAUAAGUAUACAGUAAUGGUUAUGUUAUUUAAUGACUUUUGUACAGUUUUAAGAACUAGUGUAUGAUCUCUUCCUCUGGUCGUAUAUUAAAUAAGAUAUUUCUUAUACGUUUAUAAGAACAUGUUUCUUUUAAUCGU